AUCACUUAAAGACGUAACAGAGGAAAGCAUCAAAUGCCCUGAUGCACUAAGAAAAGUCUCUAUUCUAUUAUGAAAGACGUACGUCCAUAUUUGUACAUAUUUGAUAAAGCCAAGCAACGGUAGGUUAAUCAACGAUCCAGAACUUUACAGAUCAUUCCAUAAACCUCCUGAACAACCCGGAGCAUUCAUAUUCCGGAACAUUCUGGCCUGCAGACAAACAACAAACGCGAUGCACGAGCGUGGAGCGUGACGACCACGAGCACGAAGCCCACGCAGCAAUCACGCGGCGGCACCAUACGCUCCCCUCCCCGGGCCCCCGCUUCUCAGGAUGUUGACGACUAGUUCCCAGAGCUUUUUACAAAACAUGGUUCAAUAUGGCGGUCUAUCGUUUGCUGAGGAGGUGUUCUCGUAGUUGCCCUAAACUUCGAGCUUGUUUUUACACGUUACGUUGUAAUGUUCACACGAAGGCUGCAGAAACUAUUGACGAAUUGGAAAACGUAUACAAUGAACGAAAGUGCUUCAUAAACGAGUCAACAAAUUACACCUUUGUAGAUGAACAAGCAAUCUUUGCUAACAAUGAGCUUGGAAUGCGGCACAUCGACGUUUAUGGCUUUGAUUAUGAUUAUACGCUGGCCUCAUACUCCAACACACUGCAUUACCUUAUUUAUGAUCUUGCAGUGAAAGAGCUGAUUUCUACUUAUGGGUAUCCAAGAGGGAUUGAAGAAAUGAAAUAUGAUCCAGAUUUUGCCAUAAGAGGACUUCAUUUUGAUACAAGUAGUAUUUAUUUGAACCCGUUCUGUGUAAAAGUGAGUUCCUUAUGUGAAAGAGAGUGAAGAAGUACGUUUAAAAAAGCAAGCUUUUCAUGUGUAAAACUAAAAAUGUAAAAUAAAUGAUGUGAAAUGUGCAGUGCAGAAAGAACCAAGCCCUUUGUUAAUUGUAUGAAGCACCUUCAUGUUUAAACUUGAAAUCAUGUAAAAAUGCUUGGUUUGUUUCUUAGGGUCUCUUGCUUAAAGUUGAUGCUUUUCACAACAUUAUGUUGGGUUCUGUUUAUAGGUUAGUUUAUUGUGUAUAUUGCACUGAUUGUUCAGAAAAGUCCCAUAAAAACAAAGCAAAAAUUGACUAUUGGCAUGCUUUGUCAGGGCAGGAAAAAAAACCCAGGUCCGAUUGCCCAGGGCAAGUAAGAAUGGAAAUUUUGUGGUCCAGUGGGCGAGUGAAAUUAGCCUCGGUAGUCUUGUUAGUGAUAAUUUCCAAUCAAAAACAAUUUCAAAACUUAUGACCGCAAGAUGAGCAAAAUAAUGAUUUGCAAGCAUGGAUUGGUUUAAAAUCCAAGCAUACUUUGCUUACAUUUGUUGCACGUCUAUUGGGCAAGUACAUAAACUUUUAGUUGGGGCAACUGAAAACUGAAAUGCACUGGCCCACUGAGCAACUGGAUUUCAAUUUUUUUUCCUGCCCUUGUACUUAUAUAUGUCUCCUCUAGCCAAUCAGUGUAAAUACCUCUUGC